UUUAGCGUCCUUUUUGGCCGUAGUUGCUAGCUAACUGUUUGUAUUGACUGACAAWAAAAAGAACGAGCGACGAACAGCCGAAAAUGUACUUUAUAAAUCUUAGGUGGGAAGUAACAUGUCGGAGUUCAUCGUAUAUGCCAAUUAUCCUACGCAAAUGACGUGCGAAUAAGCUUACGGGAAUGCUCCCUGGAUUAUAAACGUUGAUGAAUGAAAGUAAGAGAAGUCCUUCRUGUUCGAGAGGGUCUUUAAUGUUUUUGUUACUCAUAUGAGUUCCAGGGAGCCAGCCAAGAUGGGUGACYUCUUGGCAACAGAAGCCGAUCUUCUAGGGAUGAUCAAAGAGUACCUUAAAUUUGAGGAGUUCGAAAAAACUGUUCAGAUUUUUGACAAGGAGUGCAAAAUGAAAGGCAAGCUUGUGCCAAAGCCAAGAGGAAGUACUCUCAGAGACUCCAAGAUCCAAGUCAUUCAGAAUGAUCUUCUUAGCUCUUUUGAAGGUGGAGACCACAAGGUGUUUUUUGAAAUGUGGACAGAAAAUAUUCCCUCGGAGGUAAAAAACAGAGAUGCAGAGACACAGAGCCUUGAGUUCUACCUUCAUAUCCAUUUUACUAUCUACCCACUGAGGAGACACCCAACCAGACAGGACCGAGCUGAGUUUGAGGAGAGGAUUUCCCUCUUCAAGCAGUACCUUGAAACUCGUGGAGCAGCACUGAGCCAGACCACAGAGUUUUUGCCUUAUUAUGCCUUGCCGUUUGUUCCCAACCCCACUGUUCACCCCUCUUUCAAAGAUCUCUUUCAGGACUCCUGGAUACCACAGUUGAAGGGUAAGCUGGAGAAAUUCCUGUCAGUGACUCUAAAAUCCUCCAAGACUCCAAGGCUGCUGACUUUAUACAAGGAGGGUGGAAGAAGUGCUAAAGAGGACAUGCAGCAGUUACAGAUUCAGCUUGCUGAAUCAGAACGACGCAUCACCAGCUACGUGCGAACAUUUAACAAGAUGCAAGCCAAUUACCACAACCUAAUCGGAAUCACUGCUGAACUGGUUGACUCUUUGGAGGCCACUGUCAGUGGAAAAAUGAUCUCACCUGAGUACCUUCAGAGUGUGUAUGUUCGCCUGUUCAGCAGCCAAAUGAGGCAAAGUGCGGUGCAAAGCACUGAUUUUACCAGGCCUGGCACUGGAUAUUACUCUAUGAGUCCCUGUGAUGAUGUCUAUGCUUCCUCUAUGCUGCGAGCAUCCAUUGCACCACAGAGAUUGAAGGAAGUGCCAAUGUUGCCCUCAUUAGACUAUGAGAAGCUGAAGAAAGACCUAGUUGAAGGUUCAGACAGACUAAAGUCUCUCCUGCUGCAGGCGCUGUGCUGGAGACUUACUCGCUCUCUCCCWGGUGAGCAGAGGGACACAGUGCUUCAGGCCUUCAUCAGCAAUGAUUUGCUGGAAUGCUACAACACAAAGCAGAAAACCGUGCUUCAUUUAAUGAGAUCAUCAAAUGAGGUUGUUCGUCAGUACAUGGCUCGUCUCAUCAAUGCCUUUGCUUCGCUUGCAGAGGGCCGGGCUUACCUCUCCCAAAUUCCUGUUUUACUAAAAAUUCUGACCGAGGCACUAAAGAAGGAGGAUAAGGACUCCCUGACGAGAGAAAAUGUGCUGGUGGCUCUGCAGAAACUCAGCCUUAGGAGGAGCCAGCAGACGGCCAUGAUCGCAGAUGAUCUGAUUGUCUGGCUUGUUGAUGAGCUGCAGGACUCAGACUGCCUCAGCGAUUACACUCUGGAGUACUCUGCAGCUCUGCUUAUGAACUUGUGCCUGAGAACUAAAGGAAAAAGGAAGUGUGCGGAGAACGCCAAGCAUGUGUUAAAAGUCCUGACUGACCUCCUCGGACAUGAGAACCACGAGAUUCGACCGUACGUGAACGGAGCCUUGUACAGUAUCCUGUGUGUUCCCUCAGUGCGACAGGAAGCCAAAGAGAUGAGCAUUGAGGAGAUUCUUCGCUGUUAUAACAAAGAAGAGAACCCAGACCUCAACAGACAGAUUGAGUUCAUCAUUAAACAACUGAACUCAGGUGAGGAGGAAGAGGGACCAGAGUCAGAUGAUGAAGAAGAAGAGGAUGACAAUGACGAGGAUUUAAUGGAAAUGGAUAUUGAUAAAGAGGAAGUUCUUCAUCCCCAACAGAGGGAACUGUCUGGGGAGACUCUGCUCACCACUGAGUAUCUUGGUAUUAUGACCAACAUGCCAAAAGUGAAAAAGAAGUCGACCCCUCUACCGCAGCCUAAUGUUGAUGAGCCCUUACAGCGUCCGGUCACCCCUAGUUCUCAUCGGAACAUGAGCACAGGUGAGCAUCGAGUCAGCAGUCACAGCUGUGAGAGCAGCAGAAACAGGGAUUACCUGCUGAGCGGACAGAAGAGUGAGGAAAGAAGCCUGAUUCCGUCCCAGUACAACUCAAGACCUCCUACACGCUCCGGCAGUCGUCCCAGCACUGUUGAUUCUCUGCGCCACAGCCUUGAAUGUGGGCAGUUCAUUCAUGAUUCGGAGUUGGACGGAUCAUAUAAUGAUGGAGCCAGAAAAGAACAUUCCCAGGUGGAACACAAUGGACAUUCUGCCAGCAGUGUGGAUUAUAUCUCCACAUUUGCAGGCAGGACCAAGAUUCCUCGCACACCUGACGCCGCAGACAGACCGACCAGCGCUCACCGCGACCGGGGACUCGUUCUGGCUCCUCAGUUUUCACAGUCUGAGCCACAGCAGAGCAGCCGGCCCYGCUCUGCCACCUCCACAGGAGGAGGGGGAGCCAAGCAGUCCAAAAGGAGGUGAAGAGGGAGCUGUCACCAUUGGGGGAAGCACUAUCUCCCCAGGAGCAUCAGGCUUCCUGUAACCUCAUCCCCGCCCCCUCCAGGUUGCGCUCAGGGUCAGGCCAGCAGGGAUGGUUCAGGAUCAGCUGCUGCAGCCAGAGGAAGAAGAGGAGUGUGUGUGGAACAAUGUGCAGGAUUGUUGCCCUGCAUCCCCCCCACCCACCCACUUUUGGCUUCAACACAGACUCAAUUGGUAAUAUAAUACGAAGGCGGACAAUAAUCAUAAUCACCAGCCAUGCAACCCUGUGAACCCUGAAGCCCUUGAAUUUCUAGUUUUUCUUCUCAAGGUGGUGCUUGGAACAAAGCGACAAAAGUGCUGUGUGAUAAUAUACAAGUUGUGUUCUAACUUGGAUGUAACUCUCUGAUCCAGAGCUGUUUGAAACACAAUAGUGCAGGACUUUUUGUUUUCAUCCUAGCUCACUGGUUUCUCACUUCUUUUCUUUUCAGUUUUUUGUCUGUAGAAAUGGAGAGAUUUUCAGAGCCAUCUUUCUGUUUAGACCACAAUUUAAUGUGUUUUAAACCCCUUUGCAUUUAUAUUUGAAUCACAAAUACAAAAUACAGUUAUAAGUCUCACCAUAAUUCUGUAAAUCAGUAAUCCAGUGACUUUUUCCAAAAACAAAAACAAAAGAACGAAAUAUGUAUCUGCAUGAAUAAAUGACRACACCAGCUGCCCUUACAAUGUAAAAAUAAAAAUAAUGCAACAUUUUACUUUAAAAUUGUAUGAAAAGAGACUUUUUGGUUGACACUCCGGAAAAUGUGCAUAUCCCAGUGUGACUUGUCUGAUUAAUUCUUGUUUUUAAAUUAUAUCAGAGUUUAUAAAGUACAUUAGUAAAAACAAUAGAUUGAAUAUUUGUAAAUAUCUUAAAUUCAUUGUUGCUUGCAUUGUACAUUUGCAUUGUUUACUGCUGUGUUGAUGUGUAUUUAUUUAUAGUUGUUGAUUUUUGUGGUUCUAAAUAAAUUUGUGUCACAUUAACU